AUGAGUGAGGAGCCGUUCGUCACAAAGAAUUCAUCGAACCAGUAUGAGGGAUUCUGCAUUGAUCUGCUCAAUGAAAUGGCAGCAAUUCUCAAAUUCAACUAUACGAUAAUCGAAGUACAGGAUGGUAGUUACGGUAUUGAGGAUGAGACUGGGCGUUGGAAUGGUAUCAUAGGAGUUCUGCAACGGCACGAAGCGGAUUUGUCAGUUUCUGCACUUACAAUUACUUAUAGUCGUGUGGAAGUCGUAGGUUAGUU